UCAAAAUGGCGGACGACGAAAACCAGAAAAACCGGCCGGUCGGCCAGAACGAAAGUGAUAGUGAUGAUGACAUCCCUCAAUUGUCGGCCCACACUCUGGACGCUUUGCAGGAAUUUUAUACUAACGAGCAGCAAAGGCUGGAGACAGAAGUAUCACAAGAAAAUAAGGAUAUAGAUGAAGACUGGCAAUUGAGUCAGUUUUGGUAUGACAAUAGGACAGCCACAAUAUUGGCAGAAGAAGCUUUGAGAGCGUCAAAAAAUGGCAGAAUAGCUUGCCUUUGUUCACCAACCUUGUAUAAAAAGGUGCUUGAGAUCAAACCAGAGGGAUGUGAAGCAAAAGUGUUUGAAUAUGACAGAAGAUUCUCUGUAUUUGGUGAAGAUUUUGUUUUCUAUGACUACAAGAAGCCAUUUUACUUACCUGCUUCGAUCACAGAACACUCCUUUGAUCUAGUUGUAGCUGAUCCCCCUUUCCUUUCAGAGGAAUGCCUCAGAAAAACUGCAGAGACAAUAAAAUACCUUGGAAAAGAAAAAAUUAUUUUAUGCACUGGCCUAAUCAUGGAAGAUUUAGCAUUCAAGCUGCUCAGAGUAAAACCUUGCAAGUUCCAACCAACACAUGCUAGGAACCUGGCCAAUAAAUUUGGUUGUUUUGUAAAUUAUGAUAGUGAUCUGGAUAAAUGACAAAGACAUUUCUCUUAGGAGACCAACAGUUUGUGAAUUUUCCUACACAACUUGAGACCUCUAAAGUCCACUGUACAUCAAAGGUGUGUUAAUCAAUUCCUCACCAUGCUGUGCUUAAUCAUGCAUGUCAAGGGAUUUAAGCAUUCCUUAUCUGAAUCCCCAGCUUGGGAGACUGAAACCACUUUGCAAGAGAUGAACACCAAUGAGUAGUCUAGUACAUUCAGAGCAUUUAACUGUUGGUGGUGAACUGAGCCAGCAAACCUUUCAGUUUAUAAAAUUGACAAAGGUGGUGGUCAGGGAUUAACUACCAGUAUUUUGCCUGAAAAAACUACAACACUGACAAAAAUAUAUGUGGAAACUGUUGAUGAUGCACACUUGCUCAAAACAGGGGAACAACAACAACAUUCAUAAGAAUGUCAGUUUCUUCAUAAAACCUUGUCUCGUAUGAACAACAGGGAAAAAGUAGUAAGUAUAUUGAGAAAUAAACACCAUGUGUGUUUGAAUGGAGCUUUUAUUUUCCAUGGAGCCAACAAGUAACCACACUUCUACUGGAUAACACACCUUACCUACACCGAAUGCAAAUAUGGUGUUCAAUCUGAAUUGCCAUUGUUCUGAACUCACUAAUCUUGUCUUUGCAUGGAAACACAAAACAAUUAUCACACAUGUGAGAGGCUAGCGAGUCCAGAACAUGGCAACUCAAAUUGGAUACCAUAUUUGCAUUCAGUGUAUAAUACAGAUUUAACUUGUUAAUUAUUAUGUACAAGUAGUGGUAUGACUAAUGUGCUUCAGUAACUAUAAGUAUUUUGUAGUUGUUAGGUGGGUAGUGGCAGCUUGUUAGUUUAUUUAUUUGAUUGUUAUGGCCAAGGUAACUAUUUCAAAUACGAAUGAUAUGUAUAGACAGUUGAUGUCUUAACUUCUACCACAUACAGAUCUGAAAGGAUUUGGACCCCAACAAGACAAGUAGAACAUAAGAAAAUAACAUGUUCACUAUCAGAGUGAUAAUAUUUUAGGGCUGAUUAUUCUCCAAGACUUCAAGUUAUUGUAUUAGUUUCACAGAGAGUGUUAGAGAGUUUGUAAGUCUCAGUGACUUCCCAAUUAAUUUCAUAGAAGUUUGAAGAAUGCUUCAAGGUCAGUUUUUUGACAAUUACAAGAAUGAACUUCUCCUCUUCCACCAUUGCACCCCCUCCCCCACGUUAUCUUUAUCCUGUGUUCAGAAUAAUGGUCUAAAAGAAUCAAACACUAUCUGCUAGCUUUCUAUUACAAAUUCUGGCUGGUAAGCAGAGCUGUCUACUUCCUGGUAAUCAUGAAAAACUUUUUUUUUUUUCAAUGUCUUUCACUUCCCAAACAAGUUUGAUGGGUGAGACAAAGCAAUUCCACACUUGCCCCAAAGUUAAUAAUGGGCCAAGUGUCUAUAGAAUAAGAUACUCUUUGAUGCUUUAAGGAAAACUAAAAUAAUUUCCAAAAAUAGCAAUCUUCUCUCAAGAGUUUAAUUUUAAUAUAUACUAAUUAAUCAGUAAAAUAUGUUAUUUUGUAGCUGAGUUUUAACCCCCUAGCUCUCAUGGGUGACCAAGACAGAAUUCCUCUUUACAAUAUCAAUAUCAGGCAGACAAGUGAUGGGAAUAUAGAAAUACAUCAAUCAGAGGGAUUAUUAGUUGAAAAAACUAACAUAAGAACUCUAAGGCAUAUGAUUAGGAGAAUUAUCAUAUGACUCAUUUGGCCCUGCUUGCACAAUCCCAUGGAAAACCAUGGUGAAAGAUCGCAUCUGCAGGGCCAGACAGGUUGUUUGAGCCAGUCUGCAAAAAGCUGUCUGCCCCUGCUACCCUCAUGUCGCUUUGUUGCUAAAACUUAAAGGAAAACAGAAAUGAGAAAAUCGUCACAUCUUUCAAGGAAUUGGGAGUUUCUUGUUCAGACUUGUAAAAGUAAAGAAAAAGUUAAUUGCAGAAUUUUUUUUUUUGGCUCGCAUGGCUUCAUGUGCCUGUCUAUUGCAUCCUGUUUAG